CAUUUUUCUCAACUCUUUUAAGCCAGUCAAAGUUUUGCUUUGUUGACUAAUACUCGCAAACCUCAAUCACGUUCAUACACUGCGCCAUCUCUGAUUACUCCCCUUUUACGCAUAUUUGCAUGCCGUCACUCAUUUCUCCGUCUCAGUGCACAAAUGUUGCAGCGUUACAGAAUCAUGAUUGCCAAGUCCAAAAAGAGUCUAAUACCCUUCCUACUUUGCAUUCUUUUUCUCACCGUUACAGAAACCUCAGCAUCAGUGUUCAACAACGUUAGCUGCACCAGCAACAACACUUUCACUCCCAACAGCGCCUUCAGCGCCAACCUCAACACCCUUCUCUCUUCCCUUUCCUCCAACGCCACCAACAGCGUUAGGUUCUUCAACGCAACAGCAGGGGAGGAUUCUAACACCGUCUAUGGCCUCUACAUGUGCCGUGGAGACGUGCCGUUUGCUCUAUGCAGAGAGUGUGUGGGUUUCGCUACGCAAACCAUAGCGUCGUCGUGUCCCGCGGCAAAAGAAGCUGUGAUUUGGUUCAACGAGUGUUUGUUGCGCUACUCUUAUAGGUUAUUCUUCUCCAAAAUGGAAGAGUGGCCGAGGUACCAGAUCAAGAUCCCGUUGGGGGAUCCUGUGGUUUUGCACAGUGUUGGCUUCUACACUGCGUUAGGUUCCAUUUUCAGUGAACUAUCACAUGCAGCGGCACUGGCUCUCGGAGAGUCUAAUAAUCCAUACGCUGUUAAGCAAGAAAACGCUUCUGCGAGUGUUACCCUUUAUGGCCUCGCUCAGUGCACGCCGGACUUGUCCGCCGGCGACUGCAAACGGUGUGUGGCCGACGCGGCGGCGGGAUUCGCCAAGUCCUGUUGCGGAGGGAGCAUAGGGGCGAGUGUUCUGUUUCCCAGUUGCAUUGUGCGGUAUGAAACGUACCCGUUUUAUCAGCACUCCGGAAUCUCUGCGCCGACAAUGGUUAAGGGUAAAUCAAAUAUUGGAACUGAAGUGAUUGCGAUCGUUAUUGUCUUGGUUAUCGUUUUGAUGAUGAUUUUUUGCUCUGGCUAUGGUUUCAUCUGGAUAAAAGCAAGAAAGAAACGCAAGGCCAGUGUCAGAGAAAACUUUGAGCCAGAAAUAAAAACUACCUUGGAGUCCUUGGAAUUUGAUUUGGCUACAAUUGAAGCUGCGACAAACAAGUUUUCUGAAGACCGCAGGAUCGGCAAAGGGGGUUACGGAGAAGUCUACAAGGGAAUCCUUCCUGACGGAGAAGAAAUAGCCGUAAAGAGAUUGUCAACAAGUUCUCGGCAAGGAAUGGAGGAAUUCAAAAACGAAGUGUUGUUAAUAGCUAAACUUCAACACAAAAAUUUGGUGAGAUUAAUAGGAUUUUGUCAAGAAGACCAGGAGAAACUACUUAUCUAUGAAUAUGUCCCUAACAAGAGCCUUGAUCACUUCCUAUUUGAUUCCCAGAAGCGAAGACAAUUAACUUGGUCAGAGCGAUAUAAAAUCAUAAAAGGAAUUGCAAGAGGAAUUCUUUAUCUUCAUGAAGAUUCUCGUCUUAAGAUUAUACACCGUGAUAUCAAGCCGAGCAAUGUUCUAUUGGACAAUGACAUCAAUCCAAAAAUAUCUGAUUUUGGAAUGGCAAGGAUGGUAGCUACGGACCAAAUUCAAGGAUGUACCAAUAGAGUUGUGGGCACAUAUGGUUACAUGUCUCCUGAAUAUGCAAUGCAUGGACAAUUUUCUGAAAAAUCUGAUGUAUUCAGUUUUGGGGUUAUGAUUCUUGAGAUUAUCAGUGGAAAGAAGAAUUCAUGUUCUUUUGAAUCAUGUCGCGUUGAUGAUCUCUUGAGUUAUGCAUGGAGUCAAUGGAGGGAUGAAUCACCAUUUGAAUUGCUGGAUCCAAUUCUGCUAGAAUCUUAUAGUCCAAACGAAGUUGAAAAGUGUAUACAGAUUGGUUUAUUGUGUGUGCAAGAAAAUCCAGAUGAUAGGCCUAGAAUGGGAACCAUUAUUUCAUAUCUUAGCAACCCUUCAAUUGAAAUGCCAUUCCCUCUAGAACCAGCAUUUUUCAUGCAUGGCAGAAUGAGAAGACAUUCAGCCGAACAUAAAUCAUCUUCAGAAUUUAGCCUAAAAAAAUAUUGGAAAGAAUUGAUGGGCUGGAGACAAACGUUCAAACGUGGCUUGCGGCAUACUACGUAGGUUGAAUUAAUUACAUGAAGAAAUUUUAAGUGAAGGCGGUUUUAAAGAAGCCACCUAUCUUUGACAAUUCCUUGGUCAUUGGAUGCGUACGUCUUCACGUUGACCCAUACCAGCGAGGGAGGUUAGCUAUAUUCUUUCGCGUUUUUUAACACUUAA